AUGUCUGGAAAAAGGCAGUUUGAAGAAAUUCAUCAAGACCAGGCUCAUUCAUUGCCCGUUGCAUCUCAAAUGGCUUCAGCAACAUCACUGUUUGAGUUAACUCCUUCUCAAGAAAAAUUGUUGAAAAAAGUGAAAAGACCAACUGGAUCAGAGGAACCUUCGGAAUUUGAGAGAGAAUUAUUAGAUAUGACACAAGUAGCUCAAACUUUAGGGUCGGAAGAAGAUCAAAAUUGGGCCAGACCUGAUUUACCAAAAGAUUUUGACCCAAAUUCACAGGAUGUAUCAUUUCAACAACUAGAUGCUGAAGAAUAUAACGAACACGAUUCUACUUAUGCUCGAUUUUUUGGGAUUACCCAGGAAGGUUAUUCAGUGUUGUGUAACGUCGUUGGGUUUGUUCAUUAUUUUUAUUCACCUGUGCCUAAAGGAUUUAUAAAAGAUCAGCAUUUAGUUCAUUUUACAAAUUAUCUACGAUCCAAUUAUGAUGGGGUAGUUGACGUUGAAAUCACUUUGAAGGAAUCAAUUUGGGGUUUUAAUAAUAAUAUCAAGACACCUUUUUUUAAGAUUUACGUCAAUAGUAAUAAAAAUAUAACUAGAUUGAGAACAGCUUUUGAAAAAGCAGAAAUACGAUUUGAUGAUUUAUUUCCAAUACAACAAAGUGUCAUAUAUGACAAUAUAAACUACUUGUUGAGAUUGAUGAUUGAUUGUAAAGUUACUGGUAUGUCAUGGCUUACUUUACCUAAAACAAAAUAUAAAAUGGUUUCGAAUAAAAUUUCAACCUGUCAAAUUGAAUGUAACAUAAAUUACAAGGAUUUAAUAGCUCAUCCAUCAGAAGGUGAUUGGUUGAAAAUGGCUCCAUUACGUAUUUUAUCUUUUGAUAUAGAAUGUGCUGGUAGAAAAGGUAUAUUUCCUGAACCAGAUCAAGACCCUGUAAUUCAAAUUGCAAACGUUGUUCUGAAGUUGGGUGAUACUAAACCAUUUGUAAGAAAUGUAUUUACGGUCAAUACUUGCUCAUCAAUCAUUGGUUCACAAAUAUUUGAACAUAAAAAGGAAGAAGAUAUGUUAUUGCAUUGGAAGGAUUUUAUCAAUGAAGUCGAUCCAGACGUUAUCAUUGGUUAUAAUACAACAAAUUUUGAUAUACCUUACGUUCUCGAUAGAGCUAAAGCUUUAAAAUUACCCAGAUUCCCAUACUUUGGUAGAUUGAAGUAUGUUAAACAAGAAAUAAAAGAUGCUGUCUUUAGCUCAAGAGCAUAUGGAACAAGAGAAAAUAAAGUCGUUAAUAUUGAUGGAAGAAUGCAAUUAGAUUUACUUCAAUUUAUUCAAAGAGAAUAUAAAUUAAGAUCUUAUACAUUAAAUUCUGUGUCAGCUCAUUUUUUAGGUGAACAAAAAGAAGAUGUUCAACAUUCGAUUAUUACCGACUUACAAAACGGAACAAAGGAGACAAGAAGAAGAUUGGCUGUUUAUUGUCUAAAAGAUGCAUUUUUACCUUUAAGGUUAUUAGACAAAUUGAUGUGUUUGGUGAAUUACACGGAAAUGGCAAGAGUAACAGGAGUACCAUUUUCUUAUUUGUUAUCAAGAGGACAACAAAUAAAAGUUGUUUCACAAUUGUUUAGAAAAUGUUUGGAAGAAGAUAUUGUUAUUCCAAACAUGAAAAGUGAAGGUUCAAAUGAAGAAUAUGAAGGUGCUACUGUCAUUGAACCAGAAAGAGGUUAUUACGAUGUACCAAUUGCAACAUUGGAUUUUAGCUCGUUGUAUCCUUCCAUUAUGAUGGCUCAUAAUUUAUGCUAUACAACUUUAUUAAAUAGAAAUUCCAUCAAAGCAUUUAAUUUGAAAGAAGAAGAUUAUACAAAAACUCCUAAUGGAGACUAUUUUGUGAAUGCAAAUAAAAAACAAGGAAUUUUGCCUACAAUCUUAAAUGAAUUACUUACUGCUAGAAAGAAAGCUAAAACUGAUUUGAAGAAUGAAAAAGAUCCAUUUAAAAAAGAUGUGCUUAAUGGUAGACAAUUGGCUUUGAAAAUCUCAGCAAAUUCAGUGUAUGGUUUCACAGGUGCAACAAUCGGUAAAUUACCAUGUUUAGCUAUUUCUUCCUCAGUUACUGCUUUUGGUAGAGAAAUGAUUGAAAAAACGAAAAAUGAAGUACAAGAGCAUUAUUCCAAGAAAAAUGGUCAUCCCUAUGAUGCAAAAGUCAUUUAUGGUGAUACUGACUCUGUGAUGGUUAAAUUUGGUUAUCAAGAUAUAGAAACCUGUAUGAAAUUUGGAGAAGAAGCUGCAAAUUAUGUUUCAAAAAAAUUCAAAAAUCCUAUAAAAUUAGAAUUUGAAAAAGUUUAUUUUCCGUAUUUAUUAAUAAACAAGAAAAGAUAUGCCGGAUUGUACUGGACCAAUCCUGACAAAUUUGACAAAAUGGAUACCAAAGGUAUUGAAACUGUUAGAAGAGAUAAUUGUCGUUUAGUUCAAAACGUUAUUACAAAAGUCUUGGAGUUUAUUUUAGAAGAGAGAAAUGUUGAAAAGGCUCAAAGGUUUGUUAAACAAACUAUUGCUGAUUUGCUACAGAAUAGAGUCGAUCUUUCUCAACUAGUUAUAACAAAGGCAUACUCAAAACAUGAUUAUUCAGCAAAACAAGCACAUGUUGAACUUGCUGAAAGAAUGAAGAAAAGGGACCCUGGUUCAGCACCAACUUUAGGUGAUAGAGUUGCAUAUGUGAUCAUAAAAUCAGGUAGUGAUAAAAAUUAUGAAAAAUCUGAAGAUCCUUUAUACGUUUUAGAAAACUCAUUACCGAUUGAUGUCAAAUAUUAUUUGGAUCAACAAAUGUCAAAACCCUUGGAAAGGAUCUUCGUGCCAAUUUUGGGAGAAUCAAAAACCAAAGAAUUAAUUGAAGGUGCUCAUACUAGAACUAUUAAGAUGUCUGCUCCAAAAACGGGAGGUCUUAUGAGAUUUGCGAAAAAGGCAGAGUUAUGUGUUAAUUGUAAGACUCCCUUAAAAGAUGGCAAUAAAGGAGCAUUGUGUCCAAAUUGUAUAAAAGAAAAUAAAGGUCCAGAAUUAUAUUCUAAUGCCCUUUCCCAAAUGAACUAUUUAGAAAAUAAAUUUUCAAGAUUAUGGACAGAAUGUCAAAGAUGUCAAGGGUCUUUACAUCAAGAAGUUCUUUGUUCUAACAAAGAUUGCCCAAUUUUUUACAUGAGAAAGAAAGUUCAAAAGGAUGUUCAUCAACAAGCUUUGGAACUUGUGAAAUGGGAUGAAACUAAUUGGUGA